CAAGAACACAUACAAAGAAGGGUGUUUAUGAUGAAAAUUCAUGUGCAGUUUUUUAUUAAUUUCACAUGAAGUUAGUACAGAACCUGUUCGACCAAAUGCCCCAAAGGAGCCUCUGUCCAUUGGCUCAUCGCGUGUCAAUGCAAUGCAAUCACGCACCACCACCUUUCUCAUCCAUAGUAAAUCCAAACCCUUCUUCGUUCUCCCCUCUCUUCCAUUCUCAACCACCAUCCACAACCACACCAUUCAACAUGGACAACACCACCACUCCACCACCACCUUCCACAACCGCAACCUUGCCGCCAUCAUCCACUCCCUCUGUGACGCCCACCGUUUCGAUGAAGCCCACAACAUCUUCUCCCUCUUCCUCUCCUCCGGCUUCCUCCCUGACCACCCCACCUCCAACGUUCUCCUCUCCCGCCUCCUCCCCUCUCAAACCCCGCACCGAACCUGGGCUUGUGCCCUUUCUUUGAUCCAAGCUAACCACGGCUUCGUUCCCUCCAUUGUCACCUAUCACCGCUUAAUGGAUCACUUUUGCAGGUUCGGUCAACCCCAACAAGCUCACAUACUGUUCUUCGACAUGAAGGGUAGAGGGCAUUGCCCCAAUGUGGUUUCUUAUACUACUCUCAUUAAUGGGUACUGCUUAAUUGGUGGAAUUGGUGAUGCCCGCAAGGUGUUUGAUGAAAUGCUUGAUAGUGGUAUUGCGGCAAAUUCUUUGACUUAUAGUGUUUUAGUCGGCGGGUUUCUUAGGAAGAAGGAUAUAGAAGGAGCAAAGGGAAUGAUGUGCCAGUUAUGGGAGAAGAUGAGGGUUGAAAAGGAGGCUUCGAUGAAGAUGGCAGCCUUUGCGAAUCUGGUUGAUUCUCUGUGUAGGGGAGGGUUCUUCAAUGAAUUGUUUAGGAUAGCCGAGGAGUUUGCAUUAGGGGGCAGUUUGUGUGAGGAGGUUGCAUAUGGACAGAUGAUAGAUUCACUCUGCAAGGUUGGGAGGUAUCAUGCGGCUGCUAGGAUUGUGUAUAUAAUGAGGAAGAGAGGAUUAGUUCCGAGUGUAGCAUGUUAUAAUUAUAUUAUACAUGGGUUUAGUAAGGAUGGUGAUUGUAUGAGAGCUUAUCAGUUAUUAGAGGAAGCUGAAUUCGGAUUCUUGCUUUCUGAGCAUACCUACAAGGUGUUGGUGGAAGCUCUUUGCCAAGUGCUGGAUGUGGACAAGGCAAGGAAAGUUCUUGAACACAUGCUAAGUAGGGAAGGCGUCGACAAGACUAGGAUUUACAACACCUAUUUAAGAGCUCUUUGUAUUGUGGAUAAUCCAACUGAACUCUUGAAUGUGCUUGUGCUCAUGCUUCAAAGCCAGUGUCAUGCAGAUGUGAUCACACUUAACACAGUUAUCAAUGGAUUUUGCAAGGUGGGGAGGAUUGAUGAAGCUCUAACGGUAUUACAGGACAUGUUGAGUGGUUUGAAAAGGGAGGCUUACCAUAUUGUUAGAGAGAUGAAAAGGAAUAAACUCACACCUGAUUGUGUGACAUGGAGGAUUCUUGACAAGCUACAUGGCAAAGUGAGGACGCACAAUCAUUUUGAAGAUCGAAAUUUGUCAGCACUCUAUGACAGAGCUUCACUUGGUACUUGAUGGAUGGUGCUGCCAUUUUUUAGACCUUGGUGGGAUUGCUACCGUCUUGAAUUGAUGUAUGUUGCAUGCUUCAAUCCUACAUUUGUGCCUUUGGACAAGUAAUUAAGCAUUAUUUUUAUAUAUUAU